AUGGGUGCCACCAGCGUCGACAUAUUGGGCGCUAGCGUUGUAGUACCAGGAACAAGACAGGCCUCCGCUAACGGUGGCCGACCGGGCACGUCAGCUAUCGUGUUUCUCAUCCACGAGCAUCAACUUGUAAACGACCGAAGAGACAGGCUGUCGUUAGUCUACAAUCACACUCAGCAGCUUAACCAUAACUUCGCCUUUGAGAAAGCGACGGUGAUCGGCAGAGCCAAUAAGAAGAUGCUCGAACUAGCGUUCGAAAGUUGGUCCUCGACGGACACACUUAACCGAGCCAUCUGCCCUAAUAUGUUCACAUCCACUCAGAACGGGGCGAAAGACGUUACACUGGAGCGACAGCCGACAACCGCGGAGGAAGAAGGUGGCAGCGAUCGGGAGUCACAUGACUGGCGUGACACGCUUUUUCAUGGAAGCAACAGCAAGGGCGACAACGCUUUGAGCGAAUGCCAACUGCUGCCUGUCGAGGGGAGGGGCUGCAAGCACGAUACUGGCGCAGGGAACAAAUGGGACGCGGAUCCGCCAUUGGCCUAUGGAAAACAAGUCUGA